AUGAAUAAGAUGGUACCUUUGCAAGGACACGAGCAUCCUUUGUCCAUCCUUAGCGAUCGUGACGGUUUGCAAUGCGAUGCUUGCGACGGGUCCUAUCGCGACGGCUACUUUUGCGAUGAAUGCAAGUUUACUGUUCACAAGAAAUGUGCCUUUGUGUUUAACACACAAGAGACAUUGUUCGAGCACCCUCUUCAUGUUGGACAUGGUCUCAAGCUUCUCACAACAGGGGCUCCUGGUAACACCGAUCCGAAAUGCCAUAUCUGCGGUAAAAACACCAAAUGCCUUCUUUUUCAUUGUUCCGUAUGUAAUCUCAAUUUGGACAUUGAGUGCAUGGUUGAUGCCAUGUGUGCACGAGCAAAUGUGGAGAUGGCAUGGCACAAUCAUCCUCUGCUCUUGGUCAACCUUAAUGGUUGUCUCCAAUGCGAUUUUUGUGGUCUUAGAUUCCGCAAUGGCUACUUCUGCCCUCUUUGUAGGUUGACGGUUCAUGAGAGAUGUGUCUCUGUAUUUGAAUCACCGGAGAUCACUCACAAUUGUCAUGCCAAACACUCUCUUAAGCUUCUCACUGAAGGAGCUCCCGACUACACUGAUCUAAAAUGUCAUCUGUGUGGAGUUAACACUGGGAACUUACUUUAUCAUUGUGAUAUUUGUAAGUUCAACUUGGAUCCUGAUUGUGCGAUCAAAAGACCACCACCAGUUUCUCUCUCAAAUCUGAAGAUCCAUGAGCCAACGCUUAAACUUAUGCCAAGAUUAGUCUCAUUCGUUUGUGAUGCUUGUGGGGAGAAAGGCGACCGUGCUCCUUAUGUCUGUCUUGAAUGCGAUUUCAUGAUCCAUGGACAUUGUGCUGAUUUACCACGUGUCAUUCACAUUAAUCGCCAUGAGCACCGAGUUUAUUACACGUAUCCUCUUGGUCCGGGAGAAUGGAAAUGUGGAGUUUGUUGGGAAGGCAUUGAUUGGUCCUGUGGGGCUUAUUCUUGUUUAACCUGUCCUAAUAAUUAUGCUGUUCAUUCAAGAUGUGCAAUAAGAGAUGACGUGUGGGAUGGGGAAGAGCUUGAUGGGGUACCUGAACAAGUUGAAGAUAUCGAGCCAUUCAAGACGAAUGAUGACAACACGAUCACUCAUUUCGCUCAUAGUGAACAUAACCUGAGCCUCAACAAAGAUGGUAUAGCUUUGGAGGAAAGCAUCUUGUGUGAUGCAUGUGUUCGUCCCAUUGGCUCUAACACGUUCUACUGCUGCUCAGAUUGCAGUUUCAUUCUACAUGAAACAUGUGCUAAUCUUCCGAAGAAGAAACGACAUUUUCUAAGCACAAAACCUCUUACUCUCACCAACAUGAACACGGUAGCGAUCGAGUAUAAUAAGUGCUCUGCUUGUUUGCAACACUGUGGCAGAGGAUUCAUGUAUAGAGAGCAUUAUUCAAAGAAAUUCGACUUACUAUGCAGUACGAUUACGGAGCCGUUUAUCCAUGGAAGUCAUUCUCAUCCUUUACUCUUCAUCAACAACGUAGAGCGUGAUGAUGAGAUUAUCAAGACAUGCCGGGGUUGCGGCAAACGUAUAGAAGGAAUGGUCUUAGGUUGCACCAAAUGCAGCUUCUACUUGGACUUUCGUUGUGCCACUCUACCAUUAACGGUAAGGCUUGACAGGUAUGAUGAUCAUCCACUCACUCUUUGUUACGGUGAUGAAAAGGCAAGCGGAAAGUAUUGGUGCGAUGUUUGCGAAAGAGAAACAGAUCCAGAGACUUGGUUCUACACUUGUGAACAUUGCGGGGUUACUUUGCAUGUUUUCUGUGUGCUUGGGGAUUUCAAGUGCGUCAAAUCAGGAGUUCCGUUCAACAACGAGAUUGAAUUGUUGUCUAACAGUAGCUCUUCACGGCCAACUUGCAGCAACUGUCAUUGCCACUGCCCAGGACCUUUCACGCUUCAUGAAUAUUGGCAUUACGACAGGUUCUACUGUUCUUUAUAUUGUCUCAUUCGUUUCAAAGAAUCAUGGAAGAGUUUCAACAUGAAGUUCAGGAUCCCUCCGUGGAUCAAUGAACCAAGACAUGAAGAUGCGGUCAAGUUAAUUUUGAACUGUUCUCCACUGCCACGAUUUUGAAUUGAAAGUUAAUGUGAACCGAUUGGUAAUCAUCUACCAACAUUUUAUAUUACCUGAAAACUAUAACAUGCGACUGUGCGACUGUCCUUGUACCUCAU